AUGGCGGGCCCUGCCACCGCCCGCGAUGGUAACAACAACAACAAGGACAACGACCUCAUAAACUUCGACGUGAUAGAACUGCACAAGGAGAACAUCCAAUCCCUGCCCGGCGGGCGCUCAGCGCGACAGCUCGCAUCGAUCCUCUCACCCCUCCCGUCAUCCACAGGAAAAUCCAUGUCGAGCACCAAAGCCAAGACUGCUGCGGACACGCCCUUGACGCUCGACGAAACAAAGACCAUGAACGACACCUACCGACAGGGCUAUGAGGACGAGCUGCAGGCGAUCGCGGACGCAGAUGAUCCGCUGGACGUUUACGUGCGCUAUGUCAACUGGACACUGAAUACCUAUCCAUCGGCGCAGGCCACGCCGCAGUCACAAUUGCUGCCGCUGCUGGAACGAGCGACUAAGGCCUUCCAAUCGUCUUCGCAGUACAAGAAUGAUUCGAGAUAUCUGAGGCUGUGGCUGCAUUAUAUUCGGCUAUUUGACACAACGCCACGAGAGACUUUCGCGUAUCUGGCAAGGCAUGGGAUUGGAGAGAAGCUGGGGCUGUUUUAUGAAGAGUUUGCUUCAUGGUUGGAGGGCGCAGACAGAUGGCUACAAGCGGAUGAGGUUUAUCAGUUGGGAAUUCAACGGGAAGCCACACCUGCGGAGCGCUUGUUGCGGAAGUACAACCAGUUCCAACAGAGAUACAACGCCCGUCCUCAAUCGGCAGAUGGACCAACUUCUCCAGCGCUACCGACAGUGCGUCCGGCUCUGGCAGCCAAGACGGAUCCAUUUGCAUCCGCACGUGGUGAAGAGCCUCCAACAACACAAAGACAGAGUGGUGGAAGUACAACAGCCCCGACAUCACGAUCAGGGAAACCCAAAAUGGCCAUCUUCUCGGAUGCUGAUAGUGCUGCGCCAGCUCCUGCACCCACAGGCUCUGCAACCACAAAUGGCUGGGACACCAUCGGCUCCAUGAAAGAGCGGAAGAAAGAGAAUACUCAUGAGGCUCGACCGUGGGCUGGAGAGACAUUGAAGGCCGGAAAGAAAGUGGGCACAGCAGGCAAGAUGGAGAUUUUCAAGGAUCCGUCAUCCCGAGACAAGAAUGAAUCGCGUUCAACCAAAAGUCCCUCCUCAAAUGCUACAUCGAAAGAUUCUAGGCAGACUAGCACAACAGUCAACCCUCGUACUGGUCGCUCUGAAAAGGUAUUUGUGGACAUCGAUGCUGUCUAUCCAGCCAAUAGCAACACUGAAUAUAGUUUCGAAGAACUGCGAGCCAUCUCAAGAGGUUGGUUCAAGAGAGACUGGAAGGCUCGACCGCAAUCCUCACCAAAGCGUGUCGAGCCACUGGGAGAAUCGAUGGGGAAUCUGACCAUUGUAGAGUCACCAGCUGCAAAGUUUGCAGACCUGGAUGAUGUUGAGAAUCAGAGCCAAUCUCCUCAACAAGAAGAAUUGUCCAUUCAGGAAGCUGUAGCCAAUAUCAGUAUUCACGAUGUGUCAACCCAGUCCAUGGUUGGAAUGCCUGAACCAGAGCGACAUUCUCAAUCAAACUCACAGGCGUCGAGACCGAAGGAAAAGAAAUUCAAGACCAGGGAAGUCAAGCAGGAGACGCAAACAGUCAAGACCCGUCUCGAAUCUCCGACCGGCAGAAAACUCAAGAGAAAGAACUCAGCUGUGGCGGAGCCGACCAUGACUUUCCACUCCAAGGCAGCAACGAACGACAUAUACGACAUGUUCAAUCAACCUCUUCGUAGACCGGAGUUGGCUAGGGAUGAUACACAGAGUGGCGACGACGGUGAUUUCACGGAGGGCGACUUGGAAGACGGCUAUAGCACCGCGGGGGAUGGAGAAAGCACCGGAACUGGUCGGGCGUCGCUGCAUGGAAGUGAAUAUGGGGAGGACACCCUCAGUCAACCAAACACUCAACCUGACAGUGUUUCACCUUGGUCUGACUUCACUGCCAGCAAGCACGUGCCUUCAGUUUCUGUGGAUGCUUCCCUCAAAAAGCCGUCUAGGAAGAUUGCCAAAAGUAAGACAUCGAGCAAAUCCAGGCGCGCUAUGAGCGAAGACAUGACUGAGAACAUGGAUUCUUCCAGUCAAAAUGCCACACAGACAUCAGGGCUAGGUGGGUUUGACACUCAGGCCAUUGCUGCUAUCGCCAAUGCAGACUUUGAUGACAUGGAUACAAAGGCCAUUGCUAUGCUUGCAGGAGAUCUUGGUGAAGAGCUUGAUGCUGAUCAUGUGAAUGAUGUCGAGGAGGUCAUCACUUGCGACAAGAUUACGACCAGCCUCUCGCCGCUCACCGAUCUCCAGACCGAUCUAGAGGAACCGCAACAAGACAGUCCAGCAGAAAGCAACAACAACCGAUCUCCCAGCAAAGACGUUGUGCUCACUCCUGUCGAUGAAGGAUUUGAUGAGCGGUAUGAAGUUUCGAAUCCAACACGGUUCGUUCCUAUUGCACCCGUCGAUUACGAACCAACGCCAUUUCGCUCAUACAGGGAUCCAAACAUGAUGGCACAGAACAAGCUCCCAUUCAUGACCCCAAUAGUGGAGAGGACUGAGAGCUCCUUUGCACCAUCGACUGUUUUCAAUGACCCAGACUACUUCAAUUCAAAGACACCCAGCCGCCCGGGCCGAGAUGCCUUUGAGAGCCCUUCAAAGCUCAUGGUUGACAACUUGUUGCUGAGCAGUCCCCAAGAACCACAUGAAAGCCCUGUUACUCCUGGUAAGAGGAAGAUUAGCCAUGACAGUGAUAGAGAAGAAGCAGACCGUGAUGGUUCGCCCAACAAGAGAGGUCCUGGAUUGAGGCUUGAAACAGACAUUGGCUCUGAUUGUCCUCCAACCCCCAAUCUCAGUCCGUUGAUACUGAAGCAGGAACUGAAAAAGCCAGAGCUUCCGACAGAAACUAAGGCCCGGCCUGUUCUUCAACAAACAAAAAUCCACAAAGGUCCCGUCGUUCUCGACCUGCAAUGCAACCCUUGUGAUGACGCCGUUCGUCAGCAGAUUCUCACAACUAUACACCCACCACCGUCGUCGUAUGGUGGUUAUUAUGACCACUCAGAACAAGUCAGCAGACAAUAUCAGACUCUCAAGGCAUAUGCGGAGAAGUUGGCGAAGACCAAGGUCAAAGCAAGUCCAAGAAAAGGCCAGAGUGAGAAGACACCCAACAAGGCUUCUCCACCGAUUCUUCGUUUUCAGGGCACCACUCAAGUGUAUGCAGCCAGACGACAAUUAGGAGAGGGUGCAUUUGCUCCAGUAUACCUUGUUGAAAGCUACAAUCCGAAGGAGAUACAAGAUAUUGAUGCGGAUGCCGACAAGGAAAAUUCGGUCCCUGGUCUUCCCCAGGCCUCUGAUCGUGGAGAUUUGGAGGCACUCAAGACUGAGGCACCUCCCGGAACACUUGCGUGGGAAUUUCAUGUGUUGCGUCUUGUGCGACAACGCCUCGGUCCAGCUUCACGAACCAUGGAGUCCAUCAUUUUGGCGCAUGAAUGUCACCUGUAUCGUGAUGAGGCUUACCUUGUUCUAUCGUACAGCCCGCAGGGCACUCUACUUGACUUGGUCAACCUAGCCAGAAAUGAAAGUGUCAAGGCGGGAAAAAUUGCCGAAGGCCUAGAUGAGAGUCUUGCUAUGUUCUUCAGCAUUGAGCUUCUAAGAACGUUGGAGGACCUUCACCGAGUUGGAAUUCUGCAUGGUGACCUGAAAGGUGACAAUUGCCUGGUCAGACUCGACCCCGAUGUUGAGAUUGAGGACAUGUUCAACGCGGAUGGCAAAGAUGGAUGGAGGUCCAAAGGACUGAAGCUGAUUGACUUCGGCCGCGGCAUUGAUGUACGAAUGUUCCAGCCACAAGCACAAUUUAUUGCGGACUGGCCAUCGACUCCACAAGAUUGUGCUGAAAUUCGAGAGUGUCGCCCUUGGAAGUACCAGAUCGACUACCAUGGUGCCGCAGGUGUAAUUCACAGCUUGUUGUUCGGAAAGUACAUUGAAACUAUACCCGUAACUGGCGGUGGUCUGGGACAGAAGAAGGAAUGGAAGCUCAAGGACAACCUCAAACGCUACUGGGAAAAGGAACUGUGGAGCGAAGUGUUUACCUUGUUACUGAACCCGGGCAUUGUGGCGGACGGCGAAGAGAUGCCAGUCCUGAACAACCUCAAAAACGUUCGGGUCAAGAUGGAGACAUGGCUGGUUGAAGAAGGUGAGCGUGGUGGAAGAGACCUGAGAGGAAAUCUCAGGAAGAUGGAGCGGUUGAUUGCUCUGAAAUGA